CCGCCUCUCCCGAUCCCUCCUUCAAGCCUCUGGGGCUGCUGCGCUCGUGUUUAGUUCCCCUCUCAUAGCCAAAGGAAGGAUCGAUUCCUUUGGGAAGAGACACAAAUCACUUCAAUUUGAUCAAGAGAGAGCUAAGGAUACAGCCUCCUCUUGAUUUAGCCACUUUUGAGUUUCUUUUUGUUUCUGGCCUGACAAAGAAAAAUCGGGGGAAAAGAAGACAAGAGGAGAAAAGUUGUUAGGUCAUGGUGACAUUUGAUAUGAGAUCUGCUUGAUCGCACCAGCUGCUCCCAGGAAACAUUAUCAGCAGCACAAGAAAAGACGACUUGCUUUUUGUUUCCACUUUGAGUCUUGGUGACACCGGGAUCUGUCCUGGUUUCCAAACUCCUUCCCAUCUCUCUUUCUCUCAAGCGCGCGCGCUCUCUCUCUCUCUCUUUUACGCACGGGAGGUGGGCACCUGAGAACACUACCAACGGGAAGAGAGUGCGAGACAUCCCGGUUUCAUGUUUGGGAUUCAGGAGAGCAUCCAAAGGAGUGGGAGUAUUUUGAAAGAGGAGCCCAUCGGCAUGAACGCAGUCCGAACAUGGAUGCAAGGCGCCGGGGUGCUGGACGCGAACACGGCCGCGCAGAGUGGAGUGGGACUGGCCCGGGCGCACUUCGAGAAGCAGCCGCCCUCAAAUCUUCGCAAAUCCAACUUCUUCCACUUCGUUUUAGCCCUUUAUGACCGACAAGGACAGCCGGUGGAAAUCGAGAGAACCUCUUUUGUCGGAUUUGUGGAAAAAGAGAAGGAGACUACAGGUGAAAAGACCAACAAUGGCAUACAUUACAGACUGCAACUUCUCUACAGCAACGGCAUCAGAACAGAGCAGGAUUUUUAUGUAAGGCUAAUUGACUCCAUGACUAAACAGGCCAUCAUAUAUGAAGGUCAGGACAAGAAUCCGGAGAUGUGCCGUGUGCUCCUGACUCAUGAAAUCAUGUGCAGUCGCUGUUGUGACAAAAAGAGUUGCGGGAACCGCAACGAGACACCCUCGGAUCCCGUCAUCAUCGACAGAUUUUUUCUCAAGUUUUUCCUGAAAUGCAAUCAGAACUGCCUGAAGAAUGCAGGAAAUCCACGCGACAUGCGGCGCUUUCAGGUGGUUGUGUCGACGACAGUAAGCGUAGAUGGACAUGUUCUGGCUGUUUCAGACAAUAUGUUCGUGCACAACAACUCGAAACAUGGCAGAAGAGCUCGGCGACUGGACCCGUCGGAGGGAACGCCGUCAUAUCUGGAGCACGCUGCACCUUGUAUCAAAGCCAUUAGUCCCAGUGAAGGCUGGACAACAGGAGGUGCUACUGUCAUCAUCAUCGGAGACAACUUCUUCGACGGGCUGCAGGUCAUCUUCGGAACCAUGUUAGUCUGGAGUGAGCUCAUCACGCCUCAUGCCAUCAGAGUUCAGACCCCUCCGCGUCACAUCCCCGGGGUGGUAGAGGUCACACUCUCCUAUAAGUCCAAACAGUUUUGCAAAGGCACACCAGGAAGAUUCAUCUACACAGCUCUGAAUGAACCCACCAUAGACUACGGUUUUCAGCGGUUACAGAAGGUGAUACCUCGGCAUCCAGGAGACCCUGAACGCUUGCCAAAGGAAGUGAUUUUGAAGAGAGCAGCAGAUCUGGUGGAAGCACUUUAUGGAAUGCCUCAUAACAACCAGGAAAUCAUUCUUAAGCGAGCAGCAGACAUUGCUGAAGCCCUGUACAAUGUGCCACGAAACCAUAACCAGCUCACCGGCCUCACCAACAGCUCCGUCCAUGCAAGCAUGAUGGGCGUGAACUCCUUCACUGGACAGCUCGCUGUUAACGUCUCAGAGUCGUCUCAGGGUGGAAACCAGGGUUUCAGUCGUAACACGAGUAGCGUAUCACCACAUGGAUAUGUGCCCAGUUCCACCCCUCAGCAGAGCAGUUACAGUACGGUAUCCACCAGCAUGAACGGCUACGGCAACAGCGGCAUGAACAACCUGACCGGCUCCCCGAGCUUCCUGAACGGCUCUGCCGCCAACUCGCCCUACGCAAUCGUCCCCUCCAGCCCCACCAUGGCCUCCUCCACCAACCUGCCCUCAAACUGCAGCAGCUCUUCUGGAAUCUUCUCCUUCUCUCCGGCAAACAUGGUUUCAGCUGUGAAACAGAAGAGCGCGUUCGCUCCUGUCGUUCGGCCCCAGUCCUCACCUCCACCUACAUGCACUAGCACCAAUGGGAACGGUCUCCAAGUCGUCCCCUCCAGCCCCACCAUGGCCUCCUCCACCAACCUGCCCUCAAACUGCAGCAGCUCUUCUGGAAUCUUCUCCUUCUCUCCGGCAAACAUGGUUUCAGCUGUGAAACAGAAGAGCGCGUUCGCUCCUGUCGUUCGGCCCCAGUCCUCACCUCCACCUACAUGCACUAGCACCAAUGGGAACGGUCUCCAAGUUAUCCCUGGAAUGAUUGUUCCUCCAAUGUAGGGUGCGUGGGUGUGUGUGUCGGUGUGUGUGUGUGUGUGUCUGUGUGCAGACGGAAAGAUGAAACAUGCUCUUUCAUGCCACUGGUCUCACUGAGCGAGUGCAGAAUACUCCGGCGCUGGACUGACCUCCUGGUCCUGUUCUGAAGGAUGAAAAACUACAAACUCAGGCCCUUUUUAAACAAUCUGCUUUGAAACAAAAAGAUAUAGAGGAAGAACGAUUCGAGAAAAAUAUCGAACUGAACUGUUGUACCUCCCUGUUUUGAUGUUGAAAUUUGUACUCACCUUCUAGACACUUUUUAAGAUAAGGGGCGACAGCACAAAUGAUGCUCAGCCGCCCCGUCUACACUAUAACAUGAGAGGUCUAUUUAUUUUAAAAACUUAGUUAUUGAUUUGCCAUCAUAUUUGUGUGUUUCUGUGUGUACCACCCUUUUAUGAAAUGAUACCUGACACAAUAUUGCAGUGGUUUCUAUUUAUGAUUUUAGAUGAAGGAUUGCAGGUGAUUUAUGUGCAGUAAUGUCCCACUGAAUCAGUGAAAAUGCAUUUGAAUUUGAAGAACUGAAGUCAAGCAGUCUACAAAAUGCCAGCAAUGUAAACUCAUAUUAAAACUGCGGCUGUGAAAAAUUUAUUUAUGCCUUUUUUUACCAUGGUUAAAAUCCAAUUCAGAGCUCAUUUCUUGAGUCUUGAUUUUCACAUUCAUAUUCCAUUUGUUGAUAUUAUGCUGCCUUCAAGUCCUUCUGGGAAGUUUUGAUUCGUAAAACGUUUGGUUGGGAAAAAUAGGCAUGUUUGGCGAUUUCAUAUUUCUCGCUUUUUAAACUUAACGUUAAGCUUUUUAGCACCUCUGCAACAAAAUUAAAGGGAUAGUUUCUCAAAAAUGA